AUGGAUAAAUCAAUAGAAUUACCAGCAUAUAGUACCACUCCAGAGACAGAUAAGCAAAUUAGAUUCAUCUACAAGAAGGCUGUUGCAGAAUCGUUAAGCAAAUUAGCGAAAUUCGACAAAGAAAAGUUCGUUAAUUUGCAUGAUACGCCAGCUACUCGUUUAGCAGCAGAAUUUGUAGCACAGUACAUAAACAAACACAUGAUGGACUUUACUGCUGAUGCAUUAGAAGUAGAAGCUAAAAAUCAUAUUCGACAAAAACAUAGAUCGGAAAAAUGGAUUUCUCAUACCUUAAAACUUGGACAGGGCGAUAGUCUAAUCGAACAGCUACGUGCACCUCCUGUUACACACGAUUCUACUAUAUCUACACUUUCACCAACAAAAUCUAUCAUGUCUUCCCCUCCAAAACUAGAUAGUCCAAUCUCUCAAGGUACACAGAACAGUGGAAACUCUACUCCAACAAAAAGAAUACACGUCAGGGUCAAGAAAAACAAAAAUGGUGAAAUCAUCGAAGAUCCAAAAGAAAUUAUAUUCUCAGAUAAAGCACUCAGAAGAAUUAGCAAAAAAGAUCGUGAAACGCUCUUAACUGAAUCAAGAACUCACACAAUUUCCCAAUCAACAAAUAUAUCUGAAAUUAAAUCAAAUAAAGAUCAAUUACCACCUCCCCCACCUGAAAUACGAAAUAGAGAUAUCUCUGUCGAUAAUUCUAAUAUAGAUUUCGAAGAUGAUUCGAAGAAUACGUCAAAAACUUCAUUAUUCCCUCCAAAAUCACCAAAGCGUAAACACGAUACGAUAGACAAUGCUCCAGAAGUCAAACCAAAAAUGUUUGAUGCAGAAAUUGAGCCAGAUACACUACAUCGACUAGAUCCAUCUGAUUGUCGAAGCAUUAGAGAAGCAAGGCCAACUCUUUCAUUUGUUGCUCGCAUAAAUGAACAAUUGCAAAGGGAAGCCAUGCAAAAAGAUCAAGAAAUCGAAGCUCUUAAAUUAUUAAUUCAACAGAAAGAGCAAGAAGAAAUGAGCCCAAGCCAUGUUGCUUCUUGUGAUGCAAGUAUUGGUUCAGAGGUGAUAGAUCAGGAUGCUCCACAGCUUUCUCCUAAGCUUACAUCAAGAUUAUCCAAAUUAUCAGAUGAAACACCUCCAACAUCACCAGUUUCUGCUGCCAGUAUGGCAAAUCGUAGAAAAGUAGAUCUUCGUCCUGUUAAAAUUCCUCAAAAGGAAUCUGAUUCGAGUUAUUAUUCAGAUUAA